AUGCAGUUGAAGCGGGAGCAGGAGGAGCGGGAGGAGGAGCGGAAGCGCAAGGAGGCGGCUGAGGCGCACCUGUUCACGGUCAUCAAGGUGUCGCGAGACAAGAACCUGAAGAAGCAGAUCGGCCGCGACCGCAUCUUCGACCUCGUAGACCACGAGCGCGUGAAGAGCUUCCGCUUGCCGAAUCAAACGCGGUUUGCGGAUCUCCAAAGUAGGGUGGAAAGGGAGGUGGGCGUUCCGGUGGCGGGGCAGCGGUUUUGGCUGUGGGCGCGUCGGCAGAACCACACCUACCGCCCCAACCGGCCGCUUAAUGCUGUGGAAGAGGCUAUGACGCUGAGGCGGGGAAGCCAUUUCUUUCGUCUUCACCCAUCUGUACCCUUCUCUGUAAACUGGCUGCACAAAAACCCGGUGUCUACUGUUUCCGAGUUCCGGCCAGUGGCUCCGCUACAUGAGAGGGACAAGGACGACAUUCUGCUCUUCUUCAAGUUCUACGACCCACUCACCGAGACGCUUAGGUACGUGGGUCGUCUCUUUGUGAAUCUUGGGCAGACUCCUGCCGAUGUGCAAGGGAAGAUCAACGAGAUGUGUGGCCUCGCUCCCACCGAUGACAUCUUGCUCUUUGAGGUGCGUGUGGGGCGAGAGGAGGGUUGUAAUGUUAUUGCUGAGAUUAAGUACACGGAGAGUGUGAUGUGCGAUGCCAUGGACUUGAAGGUCACAUUCAAGCUCGAGCAGAUGGAGGAUGGCGACAUUGUGUGUGUACAGCACUCCAACCCGCUUGCCCAAGAGGGUGCGGCUGCUGCUGCUGCUGCUGCUGCUGCUGCUGCUGCUGCUGCUGCUGCUGUUGCUGCUGCUGGGGCUGCUGUCGGGAGGGGUGGGAGUGGUGGUGGGAGUGCAGUGAGAUACCCUGAUGUGCCGCGCGUAACCGGCAGCUGGCGCACUUGCAGCAGUUGCACCAAACAAAGGUGCCUUCUGUUCGGAACUGUGAGUUGCAACUUGCUUUACCUGCUGCACCUACGGAUGGCAGCUGCUUUGCCGACAGCAGAGGGGCUGGGUGAAAAGAGAGUUGCUGUGAUAGAGGUGUUACAGGAGGUGCCACGGGGGGAGGCGCGAUGGGCAGUACGGGGAGGUGCAAUCAGGUGGUGGAAGGAGGUGUGA